AUGUCUACAAACGAUACGACAUUGCCUACAAACGGUGACAUCAGUGAGUUAUGGAAAUUUUGGACCUUGGAAAGUUGGGCGGACCAACUGAUAAUCGGCNNAGUGGAUCAGACCAACGGAGCACCUCAAGACCACGAUGCAGCCGCCGAGACUGUCGCCGCCAUUGCUCAGGCGCAAGCCAUGAGCGCCGGUAAGAUCGCCUGUAAUAUAGAUUCUGUCUGGUUGGUCACUAACUUCAUUCANGAUGAGAUUGCUCUAUAUGAUCGUCAAAUCCGCCUUUGGGGUGUGCAGGCUCAAGAGAGAAUGCGCUCUGCCAACAUUCUGCUCAUAUCUGUCAAGGCCUUGGGUACAGAGAUCGCCAANAACCUCAUUCUCAAUGGCAUUGGCUCCUUGACCAUCGUAGACAGCGAGCAAAUCACUGAAGAUGACCUGGGUGCUCAGUACUUUGUACGCGAGGAAGACAUUGGUCGCAACCGAGCAGAGGCUGCUGCAGGGCGUCUUCAAGAGCUGAACCCCAGAGUCGCCGUCAGAACCGACAGCAGCAACAUCUUGACCAAGGAUCAGACUUACUACGCCCCCUUCCAACUCGUCAUUGCAUGCGGCCAAAACCUCGAGACCAUGUCUACCAUCAACGCCGCAUGUCGUCUUGUCAACCGUCCAUUCUACGCUUCUGGUAUCCAUGGCUUUUAUGGUUUCAUCUUUGCCGAUCUGAUUCUGCACGACUACAUUAUCGAACGCGAAACCUCGAACAUGCCUGCCGUUGUCAAACAGGAAUCCGCCACCCGCAGCAUCAUUGGAGUUUCGACCAAGAAGCAGAACGGCAAGAACAUCGAAACUGUCACAAAGCGUGAAAUCUACUCACCACUACUCCUGGCCAACACUUCGCCCUUGCCGGACGACUUCAUUCGCAACCGCCGUAAGAUGAGAUCCGUCACACCUCUCCUCCCUUGUCUGCGCGCGCUCUGGGACUUUGAACGCAACCACCACCAUCUGCCUGAUCAAAACUCCAAAUCCGAUCUGGCCGAGUUCACUCGCAUGGCCACCAACAAGCUUAAGGAGCUCCAAAUGCCAGUCGAGACCCUCACAGCCGAGUUCCUCCGCAGCUUCUUGCAUAAUAUUGGCAGCGAGAUUGUACCCACUGCUGCAUUCGUUGGUGGCAGGUUGGCAGAGGACGUUAUCAAUGUGCUCGGCAAGCGCGAGCAACCCAUCCAGAACUUUGUCAUGUUCGAUGGUGAGAACUUUGAUGGACCCAUCUACNNCCCCCUGAACACAUUCCUGCAAGCCAACGGCCUGGGUGUUCCUCAGGUACAGCCUUCUGAGCUCGAGAUGCAGCAGAUGCAGAACGGACACAGCAAUGGAGUGCAGAUCGACAACGCUAUCUCGACUGCACCUGCCAAUGGCGAAAAUGCCGUCCAAGGAGAGGCUGUUGACGCUAUCGUCCUCGAGUAG